AUGGUAAAAGAUUCACAAUGGGUUCGUGACCGGACAGUGAUCGAGGAAUCGUUGCCACUUGGAUAUCGCGAAGCCCUUUUAUUCGAUUCACAAACCCAAAAUAUUUACGAAGGUCUUAGUUCGAAUUUUUUUGUUGUUCUACCGAAUCCUGAUGAACAACAACGUUCGAUGUUGAUUACCGCACCCUUGGAGCAUGUGCUUGAAGGCACAACAUUGAAGAUUAUUGUAAAGAUCUGUGAACGCGAUAAAAUUGAUUUUCGACACGAAUUUCCAAAUAUUCGUGAUAUUCAAAAAUGGCAAGGAGCAUUGGUACAGCCAAUUGAAUUGUUAAGAUUUCGGGAUAACGGACUAACAAUAGAACUACCAAAAGAGAAUCAUCCUAUAAUAGAGCACAUAAGUAGAGAAGUGAAGAAAGAAGCACUGAAAAGAGCUCAUCAAAUACUAUAA